AUUGCCUCUAUAGCUUACACUAAAAAACACACAAUAUGUCUUGUAGAGAUAUUGAACCACUUAUUGUUGCAAGAGUUAUAGGAGAAGUUGUUGAUAGUUUCAAUCCAAGUGUGAAAAUGAAUGUGAUAUAUAAUGGAACCAAACAAGUGUUUAAUGGUCAUGAACUCAUGCCUCUUGUCAUUGCUUCUAAGCCUCGUGUGGAUAUUGGUGGUGAAGACAUGAGAUCUGCUUACACACUCAUCAUGACUGAUCCAGAUGUUCCAGGUCCUAGUGAUCCUUACUUAAGGGAACACCUCCACUGGAUUGUGACAGAUAUUCCUGGUUCAACUGAUGCUUCUUUUGGAAAAGAGAUAGUGAGCUACGAGAGUCCAAAACCAGUGAUUGGAAUUCAUCGAUACGUGUUCAUAUUAUAUAAGCAAAAUAGAGGAAGACAGACGGUAAAACCACCACUAACAAGAGAUCAUUUCAACACUCGAAAAUUUGCAGUAGAAAAUGGAUUGGGUUCCCCUGUUGUUGCUGUUUACUUUAAUGCACAAAGAGAAACUGCUGCUAGAAGAAGAUGAAUGUACUUCAUGAACAUCAAUAAAUAAAAAUAAAAUUAUGUAAAUUGAAUAAGGUGUAUGUGCACUAUGCAAAGUGACACCUAAUUAUAGUGUAACGCAGAAUUUCUCGUAAGCAAUGUCAAGCAGUAUAUGUGUGUAUAAGUAACUUUUCUCAUCUAUUACUGGUUGUAAAAUAUUAUUUUUCAU